GUGUCAGUUAACAAGAAGAAGAAGGAAUGAGCUCCAUCAGCAAAAAAAAAAGCCAAAAGUAUAUAAUCGUAUUUCACUUUGUUAAUUUAAGUGAUUAAAAAGUAAACGUAAUUCAGUGCUUAUUACAGAAACAAUAAUUUUUUUUAAAUGAAUAAUGUAGCCUUGCGAACUACAUGUAUUCGUUUCAAGAUUGCAGUUUCUCACAGAAAUGGUGAUUUAUAAUUGAAUGACUAAUUCAUUAUCAGGAAACGGCAUGUAUAAUAAUCUGGUUACAAUUUCGCACGUGGGAUGAAUGAGGAAGAACUGUUGAAGCGAUCGGCUGCUGAAAGGGACAGAAUAUUCAGUUGUUACGAUCGUGGUAGAGAAAAUGGUGCACACAUCGAUCCUUGGGAAGACCCGAGUCUUCCAGUUUAUCACACAACUGACAGAUACGGAUUUAUACAUGACGCGGAAUUACCGAAAGUGGAUAAAAAUGAAAUUAAAAUAAAGCAAACGGAAAUGGAGAGGCUAAAGAAAUGGGAGAAAAUGACAAGAAAAUGGGAUAGUCCCGCUACUAAAGAAAAAUUACGACGUAGGAUAUAUAAAGGAAUUCCAGAUAGAUUUCGAGGACAAAUUUGGAGUAAUUUGUUAGGAAUAGCGAAUUUAAAAAUGGAACAGGCUGGUAAAUAUGAGGAAAUGUUAAAAUUGGCACGCAAAUGGUCCACGGAAAUAAGACAAAUUGAUGCUGAUGUCGCUAGACAAUAUAGGGAUCAUAUUAAUUAUAGAGAGAGAUAUAGUAUUAAACAAAAGUCCAUGUUCUAUGUAUUGGCGGCCUAUAGUAUGUAUAAUAUGGAAGUUGGCUAUUGCCAAGGUAUGUCCGUCUUAGCCGGUUUACUUUUACUUUAUAUGGAUGAAGAGGAUGCAUUUUGGGGACUUUCUGUUUUACUCACAGACAAGAAAUACAGCAUGCAUGGAUUCUACGUAGAUGGCUUUCCAAAGUUAAAUCGUUUUAUAGAACACCAUGACAAAAUAAUGACAAAGUUUCUUCCAAAGUUGAAACGAAAAUUAGACAAAAGUGGUUGCGAUUCAAUUCUAUAUGCUUUGAAAUGGUUCUUCGUUGUGUUUCAAGAAAGAACGCCAGUGAGUCUAGGACUUAGAAUUUGGGAUAUUUUUCUUUUGGACGGUGAUCGUAUUUUGCCAGCGAUGGCUUAUACAGUGAUGAAAUUACAUAAACGACAAUUACUUGGAAUGGAUAGUUUAGAUGAGUUUUGCAAUUAUUUACAAAUUAAAUUAGAAAAAGAUUUUUCGUACGAUGACGAUGUUGUAAUUUCUGCCAUGGAACGAAGUAUGGAGGAACUUAAACGGGCCAAGUUGGAUUAUUCCGGUCCGCCCUUGCCACAUGAAUUACCACGUCAUCCAUUUGGUACAUUUAAAGAACCUACAUUUACUAGCAAGGUGGGAAGACGCGCUGAGGAAUUUAGCGAAGCUCAGCAAGUGACACGUGAGACAGUGGUGAAUCGAAGAGAUAUGGCUGUAAUUGAGGAAAAUCGAGAAAGCUCAACGCCAGUGGAGCCGGCAAAUUGCGGUAGUCUUGGUGGUGAGUUUACCACUCGCACUCGUGAAAUUCAUGCUAAUACUAGUGCUAGAACUAGCGAUGCAUUCAGUAGCGAGAGUUCAAGUUCUGAAAGUCAUAGUUCUGAUUCCAACAUCAAUGUAUUUAUUUACAAUACAAGGCUUUAAAUUGGUGAUCGGAAUUUAAAAAUUAGAGAUAAUAUGAGAUUGCUCAAAAAUCGCGAAUGACAAUAUUCCACUGAAUAUUUACAAAAAAAAAAUAUUUAGUAAUUAAUGAAAACAAGAUUCUCAAAUAUGAAUCUCUUUAAAUACAAAACGGAAAAUGAGAUUAUUAAUAAUAAAGUUAAUUAUUAUCUUAUUAUUACUAUUAAUCAAUAGCUAAAAUUAAUUACCAAUUUAUUUUUUUGAUAAUUUUCUAGAUUUAUAUUUUGAUUUCCCUUGCCAUAGAUUUAAUUUUUUUUUACCUUUUCUAGAAAUUAGACAUGUAUUUAAAUUAUAAUUAAUAAUAAAAAAAAAUAAUUUGCUUCUCGUGUAAUUGAGAAUGGAGAAAAUAUUAGAACUACUCGACUCAACAAUUCCAAUUAAUCUUGGCAUCCAUCGUGAAUGCUUCCAUUUUUCGCAUUAUAGUCCUCCUGUUCCGGAAUUCAAUCGUAGCCUUGUUUAACAGAACUUGCUUCCCUUUCACGUGCUGCAUGUAUGUGGUGUUUUUAAUUACUUAACUCGAUCUGCAAACACGUAACACUCGACAUUACAUUUUACAUGUUUUUUUUGUUUGUCCCUGUGUUAACAAAACUAAUAAGAUAUUUUUUUGUAAUUAAAAAACUUUUUUCUAUAUUAGUUUUUAGUAUUAUUUUUUUUAUAUAUACUUUGCAUAAUUUAA